AUGAGUGACAACCCCUCCCUGAUGGUCCGCAAAUUCCUGGAAGACAAUGACUCAGCAGUCGGCAUUAAUGGAUUCACAUCCGCUUUCUCGAGCCUUGAAAUCGUCAAAGCCACCCCCGUUAUGCGUCGUGCUCGAGUAACGGGUUUCGAAAUCAAGCUUUGGGGCCCCUACCCUGCCCUUCUUGGAAAGCCGCUUCAUUCGGUUGAAUGCGUGGCGUGUGAAAUCGUAUCGCAGACGCAGCUUGAUCGACUGCGGCUUAUGAGACGGACAAAACCGGCCAAGACAAUGCUCGAUUGA